CUCAAAAUAAUUUUAAUAAUGAAAUUUCCCAAUUAAUUCAUUCUAAUGAUAAAGUACAAUUGAAAUCACUUACUCUAGAAGUUAAUAAUCAACAUUGGAUGUUAGAAUUCAGAGAAAAGGACAAGAUAUUAGAACAACAAAAAAGACAAUUAUAUAUUCAAAUAAUGGAUCAAAGUUAUAUAUCAUGUAAUACUUUUCAAUCUUUAGCAAAAAUAACUCCUGAAAUUGAGUGUGAAUAUAAAAUUA